AUGCGUAAGGGAAGAAGGAACCGUAUCGAUUAUAAUCGUGAGAACAGUUCUAAUGUCAAGGUUUCAAGAGGUCAAACAGUAGAGGUUGGAGAUUUAGAGAAUCUAAGUCUGUACCUCCGCAAGAAGAUAAGGAGUUAUUGUAAUGAGAACCAGUUGAUAGCUCCGGAGAUCAAUGUGAAAGGUGCUAUAAUAUCAAUUAGACAACAGAAUGGAGAAUACAAGAAAUAUAAGUCCACAGAUUUAGCCAUACUAUUGGGAUGGAAGUACUCCGACUGGAAUGGAAUGCCUAUCAAAAAACUGCUGACGAGUAGCGAAUUAAAAAAUUUUGAGGUAUGCGAUAUAAAAACACAUCUUAGAAGACCAUAUUCUUAUUAG